AUGUCUAACAAAAAACCAUUGAGUAGUGAGAAGAAAGAUAAUAUUAUAGCUUAAUUGAAAGGGGAAUUAUAUCAAUAUCAUUAGAGACAAAUAGAUUUUGGAAGUUUACAUAAUUAGCUAUCUAGACUUGAGAAUGCAUAUUCUUAGGUUUAGGAGGAGCUAUAAAAAAUAUAGAAGGUUGGAAGAGCUUAAACUGAGGUUGAUUUGAAUGAAAUAAAACAACUAAGAAGUGAAUUGGAAUAUUUAUAGGAAUAAUUACAUUAACGACUACCUAACAAUAAUCCUUAAUUGUUGGAACUAGCUUAAAUAAGAUAAAAUGAGUUAGCUAUAUUAAAGAAAGAAACUAAUGAAAUUAUGUUAUAAAAAGAUUAACUAUAAUAAGAGAGAUAAGAGUUGGAGAGUACAAUGAAGGAUAUGAUAGAAACAAAGAAUUCAUUAGAAAAGGAAAAUUAACUUUUAGAAAAAGAAUUUGAUAAGCAUUUUAAGUAAAAUAAAGAACUUGAAUAAACAAGAUAAGAUUUAGAAUUUGAGAUUUCAAAAAAAGAGAAAGUAAUUUUACAAUAAAAAAAAAUGGUUGAUAUGUUGAAUAAAGAAUAAAGAUAAAAAGGAGAUUAUUUAUAAUAAAUAUAAAUGAAAUAAGAAAUAUAAUAAUAAUAAUCAGGUUAAUUAGAUGAUUAAUAUUAAUAAUUAAAUGAGAAUUUAGAAAUUGUGAGUAAGGAAUAGAAAUUAAUAAAUAACUAAUUAAAUUAAGUAUAAUAAGAAGCAAAAGAAACUAAUCUAGAGAAUAUUAAUUUAGAUAAGAAUAUUAAAGAAUUAGAAGGAGAUAUUGAUGCAAUUUUAAACCAUGUAGAUGAAGAGAAUUUAAAAAAGAUGAAUUUAGUUGAGGAUCAGAAAUUCUUAAAUGUAGAACUUAAUAGAGCAUUAGAUUUGAUUAAUUAAUUAACAAGCAUAAAAUAAGAUGUAUAUAUUUUUCAUUAUAUAAAUAGCUUUGUGAGGAAAUUCGUACUUUUAUCUCUGAAGAUGAAUAAAUUUCAAAUAUUGUAAAUAGAAAGAAUAAGCAAAUAAAACUAAUAUAAUAUGCAGAAUAAUAAAUAGAAGAUUCUUAAUCUAAUAAUUUGAAUAAUAUCAUUUGA